GAGAUCAGUGACACUGAGAUCAUGGAGCUGGCCCACAGUGCAUUGGGGCGGAUGACAGUGAUUCGUCAGAUCUUCCCGCUGUGGAGGGACAGCAGCGUGCGCUGCAUGAGGAACAACCACCGCAUCUCCUCCUUACUCUGUGACCCCCAGGAAGGAUACUUACAGUCACUGGAGGUCAGUUCAACAAGGGGCCUUUUUACGCACCUUUACAUCAAGGCCAGUGUUUUUAUAUCCCUAGGGUUGAGCACCUUUCCUGGCUAUGUAACCUGACCAGGGGCCAGAGUCCCGAGUUGUUCCUGAAAAAAUGUCAGUCCCCACAUAUCACGUUCGGAGCCAAAUUGCCCUUGCUCUUUAUUAAUAUCUUCAAGGUCGAUCAUAACAAAUACAUAAGAAACAACAAUUGUGUGUAUCGAAGAAAUGUUAGCGCUAUGCCCAUGUCUACUUUUACUGUUAUCUGAUGCUGCCUCUGGGGGUGAGGUCAGUGACUCCUAUCACAAGUCACGUCAGGGACAGCCCCAGAAUGACAGAGCCCUCUGUCUGUUUAGAGUAUCAUUGAGCAUGUGACCUGGGGGCCCCUGAGGGUCAACAGCACCAAUAGUUGAUCUCCCAUUGACUGAUAGUGGAUGAUGAGAUGUUACACAAGACCGUGCCAUUGACGUGUGCUGGGAUACAGUGACAGGUUUUGGAGGCCUGUAAGACAGAUAAGGAAGGGUUGGUUGAGAGCAUAGAAAUAUAAUCACUAGAAGGGGCUUGACUUGAAUGGGGAUUCCGAUUCUAGAGAUUAUAUUUCUAUGGUUGAGAGGACCAGGAUGCUAGAGAGAUGUUAGACCUGUGAUUCCUAUUGACUCAUUAGUUGUUUUGCUUUCAGUCUCCUGAGUCUCCUAACACUCUAUUCAGACUGAACUUCCCAUUCAUAUCAGUUAUUUUAGUUUACUCAACCAAGCAACCUACACUUUAUUGCUAAGAAUCCAACAAAUAAUAGUCUGAGAUUCUCGCAAACUUGGAGUAAACACUAUGUAAUCACUACCUGCAGUUUAUGACAAGAAUAUGUUUUCGAGUAUAUUACCCAUUAACAGUAACAGUAGAGGAAGCAACACAAGUACUAUAUGAUGACAAAGUUAUCAAAGAUACCCCUUUGAUAUGGCAGCUAGAUAGCAGCUAGACAUUUUCAAUCAAACCACUCAACGAGAUCACAUGGAUGCUGCUCUCUGCCAUCCCUCCCCUCUGUUCCACCUUUAUGUAACCAGAGGUGUCUCUGACUGAAAACCUCCUUGAACCCACCUGAACUCUCGCUAUCCCUAACCGUUAACAGAUGGCCCAAAUCCUCCGGGGGCUCCUCUCAAUAAUUAAUGCAAAAGAGGGUUAAACGCUCUUUGAUGUUAAAUCACCUUCAUGACAAGGAAAAUGCUGGUUCACGGUGCCGGCAAUACCCCAUCAGCAGUCUGUUGCUGAAUUUGCACUUUUAACACUACUGUAUCUAGUUCUCACGCCCUGGAUAGCUGUAAAUUAGCCAUGUAUUAACAAAUUAGCCAUAUGCACUUCUUCACUCUGCCGGUAUACUGGUACACAGCAAAUCACCUCCAUAAUGUAGUGAUUCACUCCACUUCUCUGGGUUGAGCUUGACUGAGAUAGCCGAUCACAGAACUCUCGAUGGAGGCUUCGAAAGGGGUCACUUGUUGAUCUCUGGUUGAACAUGUUGUGAUAGUGAAGUAAUCAGAAGGUUAUCAUCAAAACACAGAAAUCAGGAGAGGACACUGUCGUAUCGGUUGAAUGGUGGCAAUUAUUGCUGUCAACAAAGAGUCCGCUUAUGCUGCACAAUGAUUAGAGGCUUUUAUUAAUAUCACAAGGUUACAGCAUAAGUUACAGACCCGCGGUGUCUGGAGAACGGCGUCCCAGAUUGCCAUGGCCGUUCUGCCUCUAUUUGUCUAGCCCCUUACUUAUAAACAAUGCAAAAAGAUGGGCUCCCUCUUCUGGCCAAUCACCAGUCUCCCCUGUCUACAACACACUUCCUGUCUGUUGUAUGUGGCGUUACACUAAAACAUUCCCUCUUGAUACUAAAAUCAACAUUCUUUCAGUUCCACUUAAAAAACAUUUAACAAAGACAUAAUCCCAAUACACUACAACACACAGCUAACAAAAAGGCGGAGGAGAGGAGAGGAGUGAUAAUGGAGUAAACAUGCAGAGUUGUUGUUGUUGAAUGCUCACACAGAACCGGCGCUCCUAGUGGCAGGGGACUUUAAUGCAGGAAAACUUAAAUCUGUUUUACCUAAUUUCUACCAGCAUAUCACAUGUGCAACCAAAGGAAAAAAAAACUGGAACACCUUUACUCCACACACAGAGACGCGUACAAAGAUCUCCCUCGCCCUCCAUUUGGCAAAUCUGACCAUAAUUAUAUCCUCCUGAUUCCUGCUUAUAAGCAAAAACUCAAGCAGGAAGUACCAGUGACUCGCUCAAUAUGGAAGUGGUCAGAUGACGCAGAUGCUAAGCUACAGGACUGUUUUGCUAGCACAGACUGGAAUAUGUUCCGGGAUUCAUCCGAUGGCAUUGUGAGGAGUAUACGACAUCAGUCACCGGCUUCAUCAAUAAGUGCAUCGACGACGUUGUCCCUAUAGAGACCGUACGUACAUAUCCCAACCAGAAGCCAUGUAGUACAGGCAACAUCCACACUGAGAUAAAGAGCUGCCGCUUUUAAGGAGCUGGACACUAAUCCGGACGCUUAUAAGAAAUCCCGCUAUGCCCUCCGACGAACCAUUAAACAGGCAAAGCGUCAGUACAGGACUAAGACUGAAUCCUACUACACCGGCUCUGACGCUCGUCGGAUGUGGCAGGGCUUGCAAACUAUUACGGACUACAAAGAGAAACCCAGUAGUGAGCUGCCCAGUGAUGUGAGCCUACCAGACGAGCUAAAUGCCUUUUAUGCUCGCUUCGAGGCAAGCAGCACUGAACAAUGCACGAGAGCACCAGCUGUUCCGGACGACUGUGUGAUCACGCUCUCCGAAGCCGAUGUGAGUAAGACCUUUAAACAGGUCAACAUUCAUAAGGCCGCAGGGACAGACAGAUUACCAGGAUGCAUACUCAGAGCAUGCGCUGACCAACUGGCAAGUGUCUUCACUGACAUUUUCAACCUCUCGCUGACCGAGUCUGUAAUACCUACAUGUUUCAAGCAGAUCACCAUAGUCCCUGUGCCCAAGAACGCCAAGGUAACCUGUCUAAAUGACUACUGCCCUGUAGCACUCACGUCGGUAGCCAUGAAGUGCUUUGAAAAGCUGGUCAUUUCUCACAUCAACAUCAUCAUCCCAGAAACCCUAGACCCACUCCAAUUUGCAUACUGCCCCAACAGAUCCAACAGCCCAACCUUAGCCCUGCCUAGACUUACUUUGCCCAGCCUCAGUUAGCCCAGUCCAGCCUUAGUCUCGUAAACCUGACCAUAGGAAAAAGCAGUGACUCAGGUCUGGUGUCAAUGAUGGACUCUUUUGGCACUACGUCACUGCCUACGCCACUACUUUAUGUAACUUUCAAAAUACAGAAAUCAUCCCUGUAUGAAGCAUUUUGCAUCAUUACAUAUCUUGGAAAUUUGAGUGCUGACAAGCAAAACAUUUUGGGACUAUGUCAACAAUGGACUAAUGAAACAAAUACCAAAAUAUAAUUUUUGGGUGAAAAUGUUCCUUUAACUAAAACCACUGCAAAGAUUUUGCCUGCAACCUUUGGUUUUCCUCUUGAUUUGUUGGGAGUUUUUCGUUGUCGACGUAGGCAGUGACGUAGUUCCUCUAUGCCAAAAGAGUCCCUCAUUCAAACCAGACCCCACCGCUUUUGCCUAGGGUUGGGUUUACGAGACUACCCUUUCUUAGUCCAUCCCAGCAUCAGUUAGCCCUGCCUGGACUCAGUUAGCCGAGCCCUGUCUAGUUCAUAGCUGUCCUUGAGGCUUCUAAUCUGGCCACAGACUAGUGCAGACUGCUUUACUGUAUGAAUUACAGCACUCUAGUAGGCCUGCACAUUACGGGCGUGGUCCUGAUUGUGGGUUCACACUCUAAAAUGACAAAAGGCAUAAUAAUUACAACAGAUAUGUGUGUAAGUUAUCACAAUAAUAUCAUGAUGAGGGGUGGAUGCAUGAGGUAGCCUAUAGUAUUAUAAUGCGGAUGCAGCUCAGUAUUGCUUAAUGUUGUUAUUCUAACAUGCUGGAGAAGGGAGACGGCAUGAAUUGUCAGUGCAGGUUAUGACAUUAUCGUAGCCCAGUGUGAAGUCUGCGUCCUUCAUCUCUGAAACAGUUGGACUGCUCCACUGUUUAUUUGUCACUGUGCAUUUUGUUUUUGCUCCAUGGCUCUGGGUUGACUCUGGUACUGGACUCACAUCUGCUCAAGGGGGCUGUCAUGCUGUGUGUCAGUUUGAAAGGGGAGUGUGGUAGAUGGGGGCUUGUGUGUUUAAAUGUUCAUGCAUGUGUGUUUUUGGGUUCCUGAUGUCCCCAGCUGUGUCCUACUCCCAAUUACAGUGCCUCCUAGUCCCAGAUGUCACUAGGAUUAGCACCCAUUCACUCCCCAUUAGAGCCAGACCAACAUAUGUGGCGUUGCUUUGACAGACAACCACAGGGCUAUGUUUAUAAAGCCUUUCUAACCUUUGUUUAUGCAGUAGUUUUCCAAGUCAGCAUGACACACAAACAGACAAUACCCAUGGGAAAUCCUGGUCCUAUUAAACGCAUCAAAACACACCAGUCCUAUCAAACACACCAAAACUCCAUUAUGGUGCAGCUUAAAUUGUAUUGUUGUGCAUCAACAAUGAUCUAAUCACGUUUAACUGGUUUCCAUGGUCUCCAAUCUCUGUUGUGUUUAAUAGAACAUUUUACGAUAUGUUAUCAGUUUCUAGAAUGGACAUUUUCCUGACCAAGAUGGACGAUUUUUAGGCAUAUUAGUAGGAUGCUAAUGCCCGUUCUAGAGUCCUGUAUGUAAUUCUAUGGUGUUUUCUCCCUCCUCCUCCCACUAUGUGCCUGUGACUGUCUGUACUCCAGGUGUCCAACCUGUACCUGUAUGACAGCGUGCUGGCACUGGCCAACGCCUUCCAGAGGAAGUUGGUGGACAGGAAGUGGCACAGCAUGGCCAGUCUGAACUGCAUCAAGAAGUCCACCAAGCCUUGGAAUGGAGGCUGGUCCAUGCUGGAGAACAUCCAAAUGGUAAAAUUGAGUUCAGAACAUGAACAAGAACCUUUUUCUAACCUUAUACUGUAUGAAUUGUUUGCCUGAUUUCCCUAGUCAUUACAGUGAAACAGAGAUAUUUUGAUGUUUUUUUUAUUGUGAUUGUGAUCGUGAUUGACUGACUUUCAUCUGUGAUGAGUGAUUUCGAAGGAGUCAGGCGCAGGAGGGUAAAUCACAGAAUAACAGGAUUUAUUCCGAAACACAGAGUUACGCAGUAAUGCGUCAAAACACAACAAGGCACACAGGGAAUAUUCCCGGCAAUACAAAAUACAAGGAGCUCCAACGAGCUUCUCUAUCCACCACAAUAAACAAUCACACACAAACACAAGGGGGCAGAGGGAACACUUAUACAGGCACUGAUGAGGGGAUAUGAACCAGGUGUGUGUAAUAAAAAAGACAAAACAAAUGGAAUGAUGAGAUGAGGCGCGGCAGUGGCUAGAAGGCCGGUGACGACGAACGCCGAAGCCUGCCCGAACAAGGAGAGGAGGUAGCUUCGGAGGAAGUCAUGACAGUACCCCCCACUUGACGAGCAGCACGCCGGCCACUAGGAGCGCCGGCCAGGAGGACACAGAGCAGGGCAAGCCGGAUGACGAUGGUGGAAAUCCCGCAAUAGGGAGGGAUCGAGGAUAUCCCUCACCGGAACCCAGCACCGCUCCUCCGGACCGUACCCCUCCCACUCCACGAGGUACUGAAGGCCCCCCACCCGACGCCUCGAAUCCAGGAUGGAACGGAUGGAGUACGCAGGGGCCCCUCGAUGUCCAGAGGGGGCGGAGGAACCUCCCGCACCUCAGACUCCUGGAGCGGACCAGCCACCACCGGCCUGAGGAGAGACACAUGGAAAGAACGAGGGGUUAAUAUGGUAAUCUGGAGGGAGUAAUAACCUAUAUGUAACCUUGUUUAUCCUCCUCAGGACUUUGAACGGACGCACAAACCGCAGGCUCAGCUUCCGGCAGGGCAGGCGGAAGGGCAGAUUCCGGUCAGCGUUUGGCCUUCUGGCGACGCACGGCGUGCUGGAGGUGAACAUGAGCAGCGUUUCACGUCUCCUCCGCGCGCCGAAACCAGUCAUCCACCGCAGGAGCUUUGGUCUGGCUCUGAUGCCACGGUGCCAGAACAGGCUGAUAACCUAAAACACAUUGAAAUUGCGAUAGGUUAGUAGAGGAGUGGCAGAGAACGUUCUGGGCAUAUUCUGCCCAUGGCAAGAACACCGACCACUCCCCCGGCCGGUCCUGGCAGUAGGACCGUAGGAACCUACCCACAUCCUGAUUCACCCGUUCCACCUGCCCAUUACUCUUGGGGUGAAACCCAGAGGUCAGGCUGACCGAGACCCCAGACAUUCCAUGAACGUCUUUCAGACCCUGGAUGUAAACUGGGGACCCCGGAGAGAGGGGAAGAUCAGUGAGAAAGUCAAUACACAGGUGGGACCAUGGCCAUUGUGGAACUGAUAAGGGCUGUAACUUACCCGCUGGGAGGGGCCUAGGUGCCUUACUCUGGGCACACACCGAGCAGGAGGAGACAUACACCCUCAAGUCCUUAGCCAAGGUAGGCCACUAGUACUUUCCGGUCAGGCAGCGCACUGUACGGCCGAAACCUGGGUGACCAGAGGAGGGGGACGUGUGUGCCCAAUAGAUCAGACGGUCACAGACAAGAGAUGGCACGUACUGCAUCCCAGCUGGGCACUGAGGUGGAGAAGGCUCUGUGCGUAACGCCCACUCUAUGUCCGCGUCCACCGCCCACACUACCGGCGCCACAAUGCAGGAGGCCGGGACUAUCGUAGGUCUGCUCCGCCGGGCUGAGCUUCUUGGAGAAGAAGGCACAGGGGCGGAGCUUGGGUGGCGUGCCGAGCGUUGAGAUAGGACAGCGCCUAGCCCUACCUCGGACGCAUCCACCUCCACUACGAAUGGUAGUGAUGGAUCUGGAUGGGCCAGUACCGGGGCUGAGGUCAGCCUCAGCAGACCAGCGGAGCCGGGAUGGCCCACCCUUCAACAUGUGAUGGGAGCUGCGACCUUGCCAAAACCCCGGAUAAACCUCUGAUAGUAGUUGGCAAAGCCAAUAAAGCGCUGCACCUCCUUUACCGUGGUUGGAGUCGGCCAAUUACGCAUGGCUGAAAUGCAAUCUCCCUCCAUCUCCACACCUGAGGUGGUAAUGCGGUAUCCGAGGAAGGAGACGGACUGCUGGAAAAACAGACACAUUUCUGCCUUGGCAUAAAGGUCAUGUUCCAACAGUCGGCCCAGCACUUUGCGAACCAGGGACACAUGUUUGGCGUGCGUAGCAGAAUACACCAGAAUGUCAUUGAUGUAGACCACUACACCACGACCAAGCAUUUCCCGAAACACCUCGUUCACAAAGGACUGGAAGACGGAUGGAGCAUUCAUCAAACCGUACGGCAUCACCAGGUAUUUGUAAUGCCCCGUGGUUGUAUGAAAAAAAAAUUAUGCACUCACUAACUGUAAGUUGAUCUGGAUAAGAGCAUCUGCUAAAUGACUAAAAAUUUAAAAAAUGUUGUGCUAAACGCUGUCUUCCACUCGUCCCUCUCUCGGACACGCACCAGGUUGUACGCACUACGGAGAUCUAAUUUUGUGAAGAAGCGCGCCCCAUGCAUUGACUCGAUUACAGAUGGAAUGAGGGGUAGAGGAUAACUAUAACUAUAUACCUUGUUCAGUGCUCGGUAAUCAAAGCAAGGGCACAAACCUCCAUCUUUCUUCUUCACAAAAAAGAAACUCGAGGAGGCGGGCGAAGUGGAGGGACGUAUGAACCCCUGUCUCCAUCGCAUCCGUUUCAGCCUGCAACAGGGGAUACACAUGACUCCUGGGAGGCACAGCGUCUACCUGGAGGUUUAUCGCACAAUCCCCCGCCCGAUGAGGUGGUAAUUUGGUCGGCUGCGUUUUGGAAAACGAGUGCGCCAAAUCGAGGUAUUCGGGAGGAAUGCGCACGGUGGAGGUAGUGUCUGGUCUGAAAAUGUGGGGUUGUGUAGUGCUAACCAGGGAAGACCCAACACAACAGGGAAAUCAGGAGACUCAAUAAUAAAAAAGGUGACUUGCUUUCUAUGGGUCUUGUGCGUAACCAUAGUGACCGGUGCUGUAACUUCCCUAAUGAACCCGGACCCUAAUGGUUGACUGUCAAGUGCUCUGAUGGGGAGUUGAAUGGAUAGGGGAACCAAUGUAAUACCUAGAAUAUGCGCUAAUAACCUGUCCAUAAAGUUCCCAGCUGCACCUGAAUUGACCAGCGCCUUACACUGGAGAACUACUGUGUAAUCAGGGAAGUGGAUGUGUAGGGUACAGUGCGCAGCAGAGGGCUCUGAACGAGUGUUCAAUACCUGGGGUGACGCGAGAGUGCCCUGCCUGCCGCCUCCAGACCCAAAAGAACGUUGACGACAGCGUGCAGUAGAAUGUCCUCUCGUGCCACGAGAGUGACACUGGCGCUGUCGUCCUCCUCUCUCCCGGAUCACCGCAUCACCCAGCUCCAUCAUCUCGUGAUCCGGGUUGGGGGGGGGGGGGGGUGGGUGAAACGGGGAGGCCCCUUCCAGGACGUCCUCUAGAAGCCAGCAGGUUGUCCAACAGGUUGGCCAUGUCCACCAGUUGAUUGAAGGACAACGUGGUGUCCCGUGAGGCUAGCUCCCUUCGGACGUCCUCUCGCAGGUGGCUCAGGAAAUGGUCGAUGAGGGCCCGCUCGUUCCACCCGGACCCAGCCGCUAGAGUACGAAACUCCAGGGCAAAGUCCUGCGCGGUCCUCGUCCCCUGCCUCAAGUGGAACAGCCGCUCGCCCGCCUCUCUACCUUCGGGCGGGUGAUCGAAUACGGCCCGGAAGAGGCGAGCGAACUCUCCGUAGUUGUCCAACGCGGCUCCUCCUUCACUCCAGACCGCUUUGGCCCACUCCAGGGCUUUCCCCGAGAGGCAGGAGACGAGGGCUCCAAUGGAGCCGGGCUGAUGGUCGAGAAGUAUAGAUCCAGUUGCAGGAGGAAUCCCUGGCAGCGGGCAGCUGUCCCAUCAAAAUCCCUUGGUCGUGAUAUAUGAAUCCCUCUGGGUGCUGGGGAGUGGGUGGCUGGAUCUGAUCACUCAGCUGGUCCCGAAAGAUCGGGUCCUCUCCUCUCCAGGCGUUGGACGACCUGGAGAACCCGAUCCAUCGCUUCUCCCAAGCUGGCUAGUAUUGUAGAAUGCUCCCGGACCUGCGCCACAACUCCAGGCAAGUGCUCCUCUCCUGCUGACUCCAUGUCUUGGUGUGUGAUUCUGUGAUGAGUGAUUUCGAAGUCAGGCACAGGAGGGUAAAUCACAGAAUAACAGGAGUUACGCAGUAAUGCGUCAAAAUGCUUCAGUGCGCAAAAUAGGCGCACUGGAAACAACAAGGCACACCGGGAAUAUUCCCAGCAAUACAAAAUACAAGGAGCUCCACCGAGCUUCUCUAUCCUCCACAAUAAAUAAUUACACACAAAGACAAGGGGGCAGAGGAAACACUUAUACAGGUACUGAUGAGGGGAUAUGAACCAGGUGUGUGUAAUGAACAAGACAAAACAAAUGGAAUGAUGAGAUGAGGAGCGGCAGUGGCUAGAAGGCCGGUGACGAUGAACGCCGAAGCCUUCCCGAACAAGGAGAGGAGGCAGCUUCGGAGGAAGUCCUGACAUCAUCAUGCUGAAUACUUGAAAUGUUGUUCAAGGAACAUAGGUUGUGAAUCCACUGUUUUUCAAAACCAGAAGGGCACAAGGCCGUGAAUAAAGUCGGAAGCAGAAAAUAAUAAAAUGGUCCUUGAAUCUAAUUCCCUCUACUUGCAUUACAACUGGAGAUGCACAGCUGUGGGAGAUGAAGAUGGUUGCCACCCCCUUGACUUCCAUGUCAUUUCUGCUAUUGCCAUUCUCUGGACUCAAUAUCUUCAGCACUAAAAGGUGCUACGUACUAGAUUUCCUCUGCAGAGACUAUUAUGUCUUUAGAGCAGUAUUGGUGUGUGUGUGUGUGUGAGUGUGUGUGUGUGUGUGCGCAUCUUUGUCUCAGAGAUCUCGGCCUGUCCCUAGCACAGUGUCACUGGUUCAAACGUACAAACUGAUUCAACCAAAAUAUUAAACUGGCUUUGGGAGCGCAUCAAUUUCAUUAUGGACUUGAUACUAAAGGGCUUGGCACUGGACAGGUGGUCUUGUUGUGACACUGUGAGAGCUCACACUUGAAAUUCAUCCUAUAUUCUCUCUCUCUUUCUAUCUCCCUCCCUCUCUCUCCCAUCACAGGGACAUAUCACAGGCCUCACAGGAACUAUGGAUUUCAAAGCGAACGGAUCCAAUUCUCACGUCCAGUUUGAAAUACUGGGCACCAGCUUCAGCGAGACGUUUGGAAAAGACGUGAAAAGGGUGAGUAUGAUGAUUCUGCUGCUGGUGGUCACUCCUCCUUUGUCUCAAGAUGGCUGUAAAGCUGAUAGAUGUUUUUGA